GCGGGGCCUAUAUAAAGAGAGAGCUCCCGUUGCCCGGCACCGGAAGUCUAGCUGUCGAGUACCAUGGAGCCGGCUAAGAUGGCAUCUCCCAAGAGCGGGCCAAAGGAUGCUCUGGUGAUGGCACAAAUCCUGAAGGAUAUGGGAAUUACAGAUUAUGAGCCAAAAGUAAUCAAUCAGAUGCUGGAGUUUGCCUUCCGAUAUGUAACAACAAUUUUGGAUGAUGCAAAAAUUUAUUCAAGCCAUGCUAAGAAAGCCACUGUUGAUGCAGAUGAUGUGCGAUUGGCAAUCCAGUGUCGAUCUGAUCAGUCUUUUACUUCCCCUCCCCCAAGAGAUUUUCUAUUAGAUAUUGCAAGACAAAAAAAUCAAACCCCUUUACCAUUGAUUAAGCCAUAUUCAGGACUUAGACUCCCACCCGACAGAUACUGUUUAACAGCACCAAACUACAGACUUAAGCCUUUACCAAAAAAGGAAGGGCCCCACUCAUCACAUCAAGAUAUCUUCCCUUCCUGCCUAAAAUGCCAUCACUGCAGAUGUCUUUCAGGGCCUGCUGCAGCUGGAAGGAUAACUGUUCCCCGCCUGAGUGUUGGUGCUGUUAGCAGCAGACCCAGCACUCCUACUUUGGGUACCCCAUCUGCACAGUCAGUUGCCGUUUCAACUAAAGUUGGGGCCCCUGUGUCAGUGCCAGGUCAGAGGUUCACUGUGCAGAUACCACCCUCCCAGUCUGCUGCUGCCAAACCAGCUGUUCCUGCAGCUCCUGCUGUUCAGAAUGUUCUGAUCAACCCUUCUCUGAUUGGGCCAAAGAACAUCCUCAUCACCACUAACGUGGUAUCACAGAACACCCCUGUCGAGUCACCAAAUGCAUUGAAAAGAAAACAUGAAGACGACGACGAUUAUGACAAUUUGUAAACGGCAUCACCCGACAGCCUCAAUGCAUUUGUAAACGGCAUCACUUGACAGCCUCGAUGCAUUUCUAAAGUAUAAAUAGUUUGAAACGUAACUGUAACCAUGAUAAAUUCAUAGAAAACAAAUAAGUGUUUAAGUAAAAAGUAAUGUAGUUGUAAAACUUUUUCUGCUGUUAAGAUUGUUGAACUUUAGUAGGAUCAUAAAUGUUUUUCAUUAGAAGUUGCAUGCAAACAAUAAAAUUAUAAUUCAUCAAUUUAUUCAUCAUUUCAUUAUGUUGGGAAGAUGAAAGGUCUAUUAAAUAUUGAAUCAUUUAUAAAACUAUAGUAUGUAGUCAGUCCUAAGCAUAAUUUCAGUCUUUUGAAAUUGUAACCAUGUGUCAUUUUAGAAAAAAAUUUUGUAGUGAAUAACCUUAAACUGUGUUAAGGUGGAUAAACAGUUGAGUUGCCCACAUACAACCCCAACCUAGCAGUUUUUUCCCUGGAUUCUUUAGCCUUUUUUUUUAAACCUCUGCUAACUUUUGCAUUUUGGGAGCCCAAAUUGAACAUAGUGCUUAAGAGCCCAAUAUGAAGAAAGAAGAGUAAAAGGUUUGACUAUGAUCCAAAACAGAUGCCAUUAAUAAACCUCAAAUGUGGUAUCACACUGCGGUUUUUUAAUUGGGUCCUCAAUGUCACUUUUUUACAUAUCUUUGAUGACCCAUUCCAAGUAUCAGAUUAUUCUUGCAAGUAAUUAUUCUACAAGCCUGAUAUUCAAUUGAUCACCUUGAAAUCUUGGACUUUUCUAUCCCUGACUAGUCCAUUGUAUGAAGUUCAUUCAAGUUCUGUCAUUUUGCAAAAUUUCACCAAACCUUACAUAGAUUUCAACAGUUUCUACAACUUGUACUGAGUUGGUUUUCUAUGUUCCAAGUUGGGAUGGUCGCCUAGCUCGGAGGACAAAGCACCUCCAAUUUCAAGAUGCUCUCAGACAUACCAAUACUUAAGUCAGAACUGACAAAUGUGGGAUACCUGUAAUCCUUUCAGCCUCCUUCCCCCACACCUGGAUCGGUUCUCUUCAAGGUGGAUUUGCCCACCUGAUCGUUCUACUCCAAACCACAUUAGUGAUACUAUCAUGUGGGAUGAAAUCAAAUUCUUAAAAGUACAAGUACAUUCUCUUGCCUCUUCAUUAUCUAUAAGGCAAGUCAAAGGAAAAAAAAAAUGCACCUAAAUCCAAGUUCAAUUUAUGUCAACUUAUCAAAAAUGGAUGUAUUUUGGUUCUCUUCGAAGAUAUCUGAAAAAUCUUUUCAGAUUCAAAAAAAUUGAAAAUUAUUUUCAAUAUGAAAGAAUUGAUUCAAUAGUCUGAGAUGCAAUUUUUUUUUUUUUUGCUGAGGCAAUUGGUUUAAGUGACUUGCCCAGAGUCACACAGCCAGGAAGUAUUAAGUGUCUGAGGCCAUACUGGAAUUCAGGUCCUUCUGACUUCAGGCUGGUACUCUGUUAUCCACUGUGCUACCUACCUGUCCCUAAGACCUCAAUAUUGAAAUGAAAUCCAUUCCAACAAUUUUUUAAAGAAUUAUUUUUUCAGGAUGACUAGAAAUAGUCAUUCAAGUCAAUCUUGGAGGACAUAGUCAAAUCUCCCAAACUUGUACCAUGUAGCAGUUAAUAUUAGUACCCCUGACCUUUUGAUUGUCAGCCUAAGGGCCUCAUAAAAGGCCUACUAACGUUCUGAAGACUAGAGGGGACAAAGAAUGAUUAAUCUACAGGAAUAGCAGUAAACUAUGUUAAUAUGAGGUGUCUGGAGAAGAAAUGAGUAUAUGACAAAGAUGAAUGCCAGAGGAAGGGGAAGAUGGCAGAUAAACUGAAAUAUCAGGUGAUAAUGUACAAAUAGAUUCUUACCAGCCUUUGUUAGAUAAUAUUCCAUCCCAGGCAAGAAAUCGGCAUCCCCAUAUUUAAAGCCAUGAUUCAAAAGAACAAAUCUCAUUCUGUUAGCCCAUGCUUCACUUCCCAAUUCCAUUUUUUUCUCUUCUGCAUCCCUUGCCUUCAGUGGUAACAGUAAGGAAAAUAUCAACAACCUGCACUCAUAUAGUCCAAAAUUUAGUGCCCAAGACUUCACAGUACUUUUAGGCCCCUUUUGGCAGCAUCACGUCUAUCCACAUUAAUCAACAAAUGGAUAAUUCCAUUUCACCAAGUCUUACACACACACACAGAAGACCAUAGUUGCCUCUAUUGUUAUUAGAUCAAAUAGAAGGAAAUGUAUUUCUCUUCAAAGUUUUAUCAACUAAAUAGAGGGCAUAAUUCAAAAGACUAGAUAUUUUCAGUGAUUACAAAAUUAGCACCCGUGAAAUAAAUAGAAAAACACUGAAAAUUUUUAAAAUUGUGAAAAGACUACCCAAACUAAUGAACCAAAAUCACCAAACACCACUGUUUUGCUAGAUGACCUCUUCCCCAGUAGUUUCUGUGGUUGUUUUAUCUCAUUUCUUCCUCCUCACAGUAUCCAGUAUCCUCCCUGAGCCCUUAAAAACUGCAACUCGUUUCCUAACUUUGUAUGUAGCUGUCUUCCUUUUCUCCCCCCUCUGUUAAAUGUUUCCUUGUUCUUUCAUUUUCUGAGUUCCUAAUAAAGGUCUAUUGUUUCUCCUGAA